CCGGGUCUUGUUCAAGCUGGCAGCCCGCCUCCGCCUCGCACGCAACUCUUGCCUCUGCGGUCGCGCGAAUCAACCCGGCGUCCCACGCUCGGACAAGACCUGGAACCCACGGCCAUCAGCGAUGGUAGCUUGUUGGAGAGGCGUCGCCCGCGUGCUCGACGGCACCCGGGGACAAGAUGUCCUCUUUGAUCAGAACGGCGGCGCCCUCGCGUCCGCGAAGGUGGAUUCCGCCACGUGGACCGCGCCAGCACCGAGCCCCAGCUACGGCCUCGUGACGAAGUUCGAGAAGCAGCCGAAGGGUCCGAAGAUACCCGAGCAGAUGAUGAACGAGAUGCACGAGCUGCGGGAUCGGCUGAUCGAGUCGGAGCAGGCGAAGAAAAGGGUGCGCGAGGCGGAGCAACGCCCCCGCCUCGGCGCAGAGCCGCCAGAGCCUCGCAGGGCUCCGGAUGUGAUCGUCACCGAGGAGGCCGCUGGCAAGCGCAGCCCGGAGUGCGGAGACAGCGUGCGCAUCGGCUACUCCGUCGUCCUGGCGGGGGAGGACGCGCCGAUCGUGGACAUGUGCCCGGAUUUCGAGUACGUCAUCGGGGGCGGCCCCCGAGGCACCGGACAACUCACUGCGGAUGCGCUCGAGCGCAUGUUGGCAAAGCUGCGCAGGGGCCAGAUAGCUUCUAUGCAAUGCACCCUGGGCGACCUGUUCCUCCCUGGAUCGCCUCAGGUUAGGGAGCACGGGGCAGAGACGCGUGCUGUGUGCGAGGCAAGGCUCUUCGAGAUUUACCAGACGCGAGAUUGUUCCUUCCAGAAGGGAGGGGGAAAGGUCUUCAAAGAGGUAGUGAAGGAGGGCGUGGGGGCAUGGUGCGACACUCCGACCGACGAGGGGACGGCGCUCUUACGCGUGGAGGAGGUCACGACCGACGACGGCACCAGACUGUACCCGCUCGGCGGUGAUGCUCCCAUCGAGCAGUGGGUGGUCCCUGGCAACGGACAGGUCUGCGACGCUCUCGAGUGCGCCGUGCUCGAGAUGCGGCAGCACGAGACGGCGCUGGUCACCUGCUCGGAUCCUGCCUUCUGCGCCGGCGGCCAGCCCGAGCUGGAGGCUGCCCCAGGGGGAGGGGCCACGUACCGCGUGACGCUCCUCGACUACACGAAGGGCCCAGACGUCUGGAACUUCCCGGAGGAGGAGAGGCUGAAGUUUGGAGAGCGGCGCAAGGCGAUCGCCAAUGCGCUGUUCAAGAAGGGCCGCUUCCGGCUUGCCCACGAGCGGUACCGGCGCGUUGAGGAGUUGUUCCACCACCUGGACCGCCCCAAAGGGAGUACCGUCAGCCCAGUGAGGGACAGGUUCCUGGGCAAGCCCGAGCUCGCCCAGAGCUGCAGGGAGCUCAGGAGCGCCUGCCGGCUCAACAUGGCGGCCUGCUGCCUGAAGUUCGGCGAUCCCUCGAGGGACAGCAGCGGGCGUGCGACCUGGUGCUCGCGGCCGAGCCGGAGAGCCGCAAGGCGCUGUUCCGGCGCGCGCAGGCCUUCGCGCAGCAGAAGGACUUCGUGCAGGCGUCCCUAG